AUGUUUGGUCCUAUUCCAACCAUUGAAGAGAUGGUUAACUCUAUUGCAGAAGAGUAUACUGAAGAUCUUGAGGUGAUGCCAACAGAUGAGGAGAUUGUUGCUGCUGUCAAGCAUGAUAUUGCAGUAGAAAAUGGGGAAAUAACUGUCAUUGAUGAUGAUGAGGAGGAAGAAGAGGAAGAGGAGGAUCUUGUCGGUCAGGAAUCAGAAAUCAGAUAUGUCCGAAGAGGGCGUUUUGAAAUGCCCGAACGACUGAACAAGAAAUUCGAAUGGUGGCAGUUUAGUUGUGCGACACGUCAAACCACUAUUUCGGUCUCCGUCGUCGAUCUCGCUUAUCUGAUGUGUAUACCAGAAUUUCAAGGCAAGAAAUGGAGGGAUUGUCCGCCGUCUCGACAAUUGAUAAUGAUCAAGCGUCCAGAUAUCUCAUAA